AUGUUGCGGAUUCAGAUGAUGAUGACUGGGGAAGAGGUGGCUUGCCUGGAGCCGGAGGAGUUGCUGAGUAUUACCGGCGACACUGCCACGGGCCACGUGCACGCCCUAAAGCUCCAUCUCCAAAGGCUCUGUGGGUAUCCCCGGUUUCGACAGCGGCUCCUGCAAGAAGACGAGCAGAUUUUGCCCGAAGAUGCGGUUCUGGAAGCACCUUGCCGAUUGCACCUUGUCAUUCUGGACUUUGCCGAGACCUCUGGCGAUGAUGUUGACAGGCUGCUCUAUGCAGUGGAAGCAGACGAUGCAACACAAGUAGAAGCAAUCUUGCAGCGACCCCAAGAUCCAAACCGAACGGCGCAGCACAACAUGACGGCCUUACAUGUUGCGGCGACGUAUGGCAGGCAAGUCUUUGCAAAGUUGCUCCUUGAAGCUGGUGCGGCAACCAACCAAACUGAAGACCACGGAAUCACGCCACUGUUCUUCGCAGCUCUGAGAGGCCAGUUGGAAGUGGCACGCUUGUUGUUGGACUUUGGUGCGGACAAGGACCUGGCGACUUCUGAUGGGGCCACGCCACUUUUCAUCGCGGCUAAGAACGGGCACUUGGAGGUGGUACGUUUGUUGCUAGAGCUUGGUGCGGACAAGGACCUGGCCACAGCAGGUGGAGCCACGCCGCUUUUCAUCGCAGCUCAGAACGGCCACUUGGAAGUGGCAGGCUUGUUGCUGGAGUUUGGUGCGCACAAGGACCUGGCCUUAGCUAAUGGAACCACGCCACUUAUCAUCGCAGCUCGGAACGGCCAAGUAGAACUGGCACGUUUGCUGCUGGAGUUUGGCGCGAACAAGGACCAGGCCUUAACAAGUGGAGCCACGCCACUUUUCAUUGUAGCUCAGACCGGCCAUGUGGAGGUGGCACGUUUGUUGCUGGAGUUUGGUGCAGACAAGGACCUGUCCAAAGCAGGUGGAGCCACGCCACUUUUCAUCGCAGCUCAGAACGGCCACUUGGAAGUGGCACGCUUGUUGAUGGAGUUAGGUGCGGACAAGGACCUGGCUUUAGCAAAUGGAGCCACGCCGCUUUUCAUCGCAGCUCAGAACGGCCACUUGGAAGUGGCACGUUUGUUGCUGGAAAAAGGUGCGGACAAGGACCUGGCCAAAACAGAUGGAGCCACACCACUUAUCAUUGCAGCUCGGAACGGCCACAUGGACGUGGCACGCUUGUUACAAUGA